GUCGGGUCACGUUCGGUUCGCGGGCUGCGACGUCGUCCCAGCGCGUUUGGGUUCCGGGUUGGAACAACUGGGGAAGGCAGCUCGAAUGCGAUCCGACGACUCUUCACUGGACAACGGAGACGGAGAAUGCUGUGUUCAGCACCGGACGAGGAUCCGAGUAGUGGACGAGCUUUUCACGAGGAGGAGCAUCAGUUCUCUGUCAGAGCAGACUCGAGUGCAUUCUUGAAAGCUUUCGCCUGGAAGAUCGGAUGUGGGGGUCAUGUGCAACUUUUCCACAUUUUAUUGAGGAAAACGAGCGCCGAGCAGAAUGCAAAGCUCAUUCUGUUUGUCGCUGUUGGAUCGUAUGGGAUCGUGAAGCUGGCCUACAACUUGGAAGAUGACACUCAUUACGCCAUGAAGAUUUUGUCCAAGAGAAAACUCAUGAAGAGAGCCGGGCUUUAUGGUCGGCCGACUCCGGCGCGUUUCCUGUCUGCUCAAAGCCCGUCCUCUGGCGGCUUGUCCCUGACGAGGAGCAUUUCUCCGGGGCCGCCCGAGAUGGCGAGGUCGGCGUCGGCUGCCGACAGAUGCCCGAGUUUCGUCCACAGUGGCAGCAGUGGCAGUGGGAGUGGCAGCGAGCGGGGCCAGCACCCCAUGGACCAGAUCCGGAGGGAGGUGGCCAUUCUCAGGAAGCUCGACCAUCCGAACGUGGUCAAGUUGGUGGAUGUGUUGGACGAUCCAGACGACGACAACCUUUACAUGGGUAUAGACGUGAAGCCGAGCAACUUGUUGUUGGGAGAAGACGGACGCGUGCGGGUGGCCGACUUUGGCGUGUGCAACGAGUUCAGCGGAUCGGACGCCCUGUUGACCAGCACGGCUGGCACGCCGGCCUUUCUGGCCCCCGAGGCCCUCAUGCUCACUCCUCGACUGGCGGGUGCCGCUGGUGUUUAUGGCGGCAAGGCUGCUGAUGUGUGGUCUCUGGGCAUCACGCUUUACGCCUUGGUGUUUGGGGACGUGCCCUUUCGCGACGACAGCAUCUUAGCGCUUUACGCGAAAAUUGCCAAUCAAGAGUUGACCUUUCCUGACGAGCCCGUCACCUCUCCGCAACUGAGACAUUUAAUCUCCAACAUGUUGUCCAAGGACCCGCUGGUGAGGAUCACCAUUGAGGAAAUCAAGGUAAACUUCUUAAACCCGCGCUGUGGAGAGUCCGUGUUACAUCCUCAUCACGGAGUGGUGAUUCGAGUGACCGAGGAAGAAGUGCGGUGCUCUGUGCGGUCCAUACCCAAGCUGGACACGCUGAUCCUCAUCAAGGCCAUGUUGAAGAAGCACUCGUUUCGGUACCCGUUUGCGUCUUGCAACGACCAAAAGGGGGAGAGAAGAAGAAGAAUAAUGAGGAGGGGGAAAGGGCAGGAGAUUGUUGAAGAAGACGAGCUCGAGGAGGAGGAGGAGAAUGAUGAUAAUGAUGAUGACGACGACUCUGCGGCAUUUGUUUCGAGUAAC